AUGGAGCCCCCAAUUCCUAGGAAUAUCGACCUUGAUCUGGAUAGGGAUACGACGAGACCGACUGCAUUGAAACGCAAGGGCUCGACAUUACAGACGUCCGUCGAAGUCUUGAGAUGCAAGUUUGGAAAGCCAGCGGGAACGCCGGAGGACGAUGGAGAGUUCAAUCCUUCCAAGGACUGGACACCGAUAUACUAUGCUGUCUAUUACCAACGCGAAGCCGCUCUGUCACAUUUUCUACGAGCUGGUGCAACGCCAGAUGAUGUGACUAGCUUGGGACUACCACCGCUGUGCAUCGCUAUCGCCAAUGGGCAUGCCAGUAUCGCGAGAACACUCUUGGAUGCCGGUGCCAAUGUCGAUGCUGCAAUGAAGGACGGGGGCGAGACAGCAUUGCACUUGGCAGUCAAGAAUGGUCGCAGCGAUCUCAUCGAACUUCUUAUUCCGUAUGGACCCGACCUCGAGAUCAAGACAUACGUAUCCGGCGAGACACCUCUUCACUAUGCCGCAUCCAAGUCGGGAUCACUAGCAACAGUCAUGACUCUGCUCAAGCAUGGUGCUAGCUAUGAAGCACUCAAUGUUCAAGGUCAAACGCCGGCAGAGGCUGCUUUGAAGGCCAACAACAUCCAGGGUGCCGUGGCGAUCAUCAACGCUGCACAUGGCAAGCGCAACAAACUCGAGAAAGAGAAGGAAAUGCUGCUUAAACACGUACAGAAGACGCAAGGCCGUUUCUCCAUGGGUAACGACCUCAUCGCCGAUAUCUUCGCUGCAGCCUGCGAUGCAGAAUCCAAUGUUCUUAUGGAAGCCAUCAAGCGGAAUGACGCCAGCUUGGUGGAGAUGUUUCUGGAGAAGGGCUCGGAUCCGGAUCGAGAGACAGCCAAUGGCCUUCGACCCAUCUUCGUGGCACUGGAAUGUGCAGGAGCGCCAGUAAUCACUGUGCUUCUCAAGCGUACUCCAGAUCUUACCGCCUGUGACGGUAAGGGUCUUACGGUACUCCAGGCUACUCUUGAGAGCCCAUUGGCACAGGAGAAGGAGUCAAUGUCCAUCAUCCUGGGUGCGCUACUAGAGCAAGGUGCCGAUGCUACCGUGAAAUACCCUGACGGCAAGACGCUGCUUCAUCACGCCGUGUCUCCACGCUUCAGCAAUACCAAGAUCGCGAAACUGCUGAUCGAUGCUGGUGCGGAGAUCAAUGCGCGAGACCAAGAUGGCGAUACACCUUUACAUCUCGCUACGCAUAGUAGAUCUUGUACAGAAUUGCUGUUAAAGCAUGGAGCGAACCCGAACCUAACCGACGCUGAUGAGCUUACGCCUUUGUUAAGUGCUACGACAAACACGAAGAAGGACAAGGAGCCAGAUCUGGAGUCACUCGUUAGAGCAUCCGACAUACGCAAGACCAACGCCAAUGGACAGACAGCUCUACAUCUCGCUGCGGCCAAUGGUCUGGAGAGGACAGUGCAGCUAUUACUACGAGCUCGCGCAAAUACUGCCAUGGGCGACAAGAACAAGAAUACGCCGCUUCUUCUUGCUGUGAAGCAUCACCAAUGGUCCGUUGUACCACUUCUCACCAUACCACCAAGCAUCAACUCGUGGGACGAGGAUGGUAUGAGUCCUCUGCACCUCAUUGCCAGCAGCAUUCCUGGAGAGCCAGCGACCUGGCAAGAUAUUGCUGCCAUCGUCGGUCCAUUCUGCGAACGUGGUGUCAGCAGAACUACGCGCGAGCGAUCGGGUGCCACGCCGCUCAUUCUUGCUAUCAAGACACUCCCAGAGGACGGUCUACCUGUGGUAGAAGCUCUACUGGCACAGAAGCAGGAUCGAAAAGCGAGUCGGAACUGCGUUAACCACGAGGACCACAAGAAUCAAGAUGCGUUGUCUUACGCAGUGACGAUGAGAAAGCCUAUAUUCGUAGACGCCUUACUCAAGAAUGGCGCUACGUUCAACUUCCAAGAUCGGAUACCCGGAUCAAGCCAGUUGCAGCCUACUGUUGAGGCUGACAAGCAAAUUUUGAAGCUCUUCGCACAGUAUGAAUGGAUAAAACGCGCGGGAUCACUGCGAAGACGCCCAAGUAACCCUGUCGCAGAAGUCUCAUCAUUCUCUACGACGUUACCUAUCAAGGAUCUUGAACAUAUGAUCUCGAUGGGUUUGGAUGUGAACGCUUUGCCCAGAUCAGCCUUGGGCGUCUCGCUGUUAUGCGCCGUUCUACGCCACAUUACGCUUCAACCGCCAAUGCCGCUGGACUACGUCCUGGAGAUCCUUUGCGUUGUUUUGAAUGCGGGAGCCAACCCCAACGCAUGCAUCCCACGGAGCUCACCAUCGGCAUCGGCUUCGAAGCAGAGCUCAAUCCUGACCCAGCAUCCUCUAUGCUUCUUGCUUGAACAAUAUCCAGAAGUCGCUUUGGAUAUAGUAACCUUGUUGCUGGCGAAAGGUGCGCAGCUUACGAUCGCGUCGGAAUUCUCCAAUGGUCGGCUACCGUUGCACUCGGCGGUCAUGGCGAAUCGCUUCGAUGUAGUACAGGAAUUUCUUCUCUACGGAGCUGAUGUGAACAGUGUCGACCAGCACGGACGAGCACCACUUUACAUCGCUGCAGAACGCGGGGAUUGGGAGAUAUUGAACUCAUUGCUUCGCCAUGGUGCGAAGAUGGAUAUGCUUGAUGUCGAGAAGAACACACCCCUCCAUGCGGCAGCUGUUGGCGGCAGCGAGAAAAUUGUUGCUUCGCUGCUACGCGAAGGCGCUAAAGCAAAUGUAAAGAACGCGAAAGGGCUAACACCAAUGGCAUGUGUAGCCGAGGACCUCCCCGAGGAUGAGAAGAGUGUCAUAGUAGCCAUGCUUAAAGAAGUCGAAGAAAAGGAGCAAAGAGCCGAGGAAGCCCAACGAAAGCAAGAUGAAGCGAUCGCAGCGUACGAAGCGAAGAUGCGGCAACAGAAAGAGGAAGAAGCGAAAGUAAAGUUGCAACGAGAGCAAGAAGCUAAAGCAAAGUUGCAACGAGAGCAAGAAGCUAAAGCUCGCAUCCAGAAAGCCAACGACGAAGCCUCCGCUCAACGGCUACACGAACAACCAACCCUACCAGCCCCAAUGACCACGUCACCACCGCUACCCACAACCCGAAAACCGUCCUUCCUGUCCCGAAAAGCCUCUUCCCUCUUCAACAAGUCAAAAUCUGUACCUUCCCCUCUCGACACUCUACCUAAGCCAAGACAUUCUUCCCUACUUCGUCUCCGUAUCAACACACCACCUCCCUCCAAGCAACAACUGAACAAAAACCUCGAACCUUCAAUACGACCCAUCACCAUACCUUCGCCGCACAUCCUCGCCAGUCCCGAUUUCUUCAGCACGGAAUUCAACAACAUGAUGGAUCCACGACCUGUUAUCGCAUUACCGGCCGCUAUCCAGCGUCGCACGACUGCGGCACGCGUGGAUAGCGGGCUCAGCGAAAGACGGAGUAGUAUGAUGGGUAUCUUGGAUCUAGAAAAGGUGAACGAGAAGUUGACGAGCCCUGAACUGCGCGCGAGAGAGAGGGAGAGUAAUGGGGAGGAGUUGGCGGAUUGGCUGGCGUUGACGAAGAUGAUGGAUGGGUUGUGA